AUUAUCGUAUUGUUUACAGUGGAAUAUUCCACCGGGAAUCACUGCUGCGUCUUUCCCACCGAAAAUCUCCCCCAACUCGUGUCCUAGUGCCCUCAAUCUUCGUUAACUCGAUCGUUUGAACGAGCUUUUAGUGACAGAAAGUGCAAAAAUCCAUGACUGGCACGUGAGGAAGAGCUGAAUAAUUCCGAAAAUGGCUGAAGAGAAGAUGGAGGUGAUAAACCUCGACUCCGACGACGAGGAGAAGAGGAAGCUGCAGGACCAGAAGACAUCCAAGAAAUUCGUCUGCAUAAAUCUCAAGUGUGAGUCGGGUGUUAACAUGAAGACAGCCUCGUCCUUCGCCUGCAGUUACUACGGCCUGAACCAAGCGAAGAAGAAGAAGAGGUACAUCUGCGACAAGUGUCAUGUGGUGGCAAUUGAGCACCAGGAGAUGCUGGCCGAGGCAUUCUUCAAGCGAGAGCCUCUGCUCAAGUGCGAGCUGCCAGACAACACGAUGCAGAUCGAUCUAUCGGACAGUGAUUCUGAUGGAGAAGCUGCCAAGGAGCCCGAAGAAUGCGAGUACAUACCUGAGGACGUUCUGCUGGACAUGGAGACUAAAAUCGAGGAUGCACUGUCGAACGUCCUGAGGAAGUACGACGUUGACUAUCAGCUGACGGAGGCCCAGAAGAUUCUGGAGGCUCAGUUCGAUGACAUCGAUCGGUCUAAUGAGGAGAGCGACAGGGAGAUCAAGCAGAUGAUCAGCAAGAUGGAUAUGAUAAGGAACAGCUUGUACGAUGCAUUCAGACCUGACAUCAAGAUGCUGGCGGAUCUCUCGAUCGAUGAUGGACCGUCGAUGGUGCCACCUCAGGCGCCUCAGGCCUCACCGAGACCUUUGCAACGUGCAGAACCCCCGGGCCAUCCCACUGUCGCCACCAAGAAGGUCACGCAGGUGAAGAUUCCUGCUGCUGCUCCACCCAAAGCUCAGGACAAUCAGGUGGAAAUCAUGCCGAUUGUGGAGAAGGUGGAGAAACAGACGCUUGGGUAUGGGCUGCCUGCACAUGGGAAGCUUAUUCUCAGACCUGCUGAGGUGGAUAAUAUUGUGCUGGUCAUGAAGCAUCCGUUGAUGCCUUGGAUCAAAGCAAAGGUUCAUGCGAUCUUGACACAUCAACCAAUGACCUACCGUGUCAAGUUUCUACCGAAAAAAUACAACAACUCCCUGAGAACAGUGUUCGGUCGACAAUUAGCUAUUCAUGCACCAGCCCCAGUGAUAAUUCCAGUUGCAACCAGAGUCGUUGCUAUCUUUAACGAUGUUAAUUCGAGUAACUAUUACAGUGGAGUUAUAGCUGAACCACCAAAGACAACAAACAAACACAGAUACUUAGUGUUCUUCGACGACGGUUACGCCCAGUACGUCGCGCACAAGCACAUAUUCGUGGUCAGCGAGAGCUCCCAGCGCGUCUGGGAGGACAUUCCCAUAGAAUCCCGUGACUUCGUGAAGAAGUACAUCGAGGGAUACCCAGAGCGUCCAAUGGUGAAGCUGCAGCCAGGCCAAGUAGUGAAGACCGAGUGGAAUGGAAAAUGGUGGGUGGCAAGAGUGGCCCAGGUGGACGCCUCCCUAGUUCAAAUGUCGUUCGACGCUGACAACCGCACAGAAUGGAUCUACCGAGGCUCCACCAGACUGGGGCCCCUCUACGUGGAGCUACUGAAGGCCACAGCACGCCAGCAGGGCCACCACAUGACAGUGAACGCCCCAGGUCGUCACAGAAUAGCUCCAGGUGGCAAAGCCAACAUUCCUUACGUCGAGUACACAUCAGGAACGAUCGAAGGGGAUCCUGAGACGACUGUCAAAGAGCCUCCAGCAGCAUCUCCAAAGCCACCACCCCAGUCUCGAGCAGUGGCGCGUAAAAGUACAGCAAAGAAACCGACAGUGGAGCCAACCUAUCUCGCAGCAGCUGAAGCCAAAUCAGCUUACAGUAUCGCCUACUACUCCCUCCCCAACUCCAUCAAGCCCAAGCAGUAUGCACCCCACGAGUGCUCAGCAAAUUGCAUUCAACUCAAGGACUUCAAGGUCGACGACCUCAAGGGCUACUCCCCCUUGUCAAUUCCCUUGUUGUGCGGCUGGAACAGGCAGAUCUGCAAGUACCCCAAGGGAAAGAAGGUCGUUAUGUACCAGACACCGUGUGGCGUUCGACUCAGAUCCAUCGAGGAGGUCCACCAGUACCUCAGGAAGACCAAGUCCACGAUCUCAGUCGAUCUGUUCGAGUUCGACAGUUGGGUCCACUGUCUCGCUGAGUUCAUCCUCGAUAAGUGCUUUGUCAACAUCAAGGAUCUGAGUUAUGGAGUGGAGAAUGUGGCCAUUCCCUGUGUCAAUGAACUAGAUCACGCUCUUCCUGAUCCAAUCACUUACAGUACUGUCAGACAGCCAACGGAGGGGGUCAAUUUGAAUCUGGAUCCGGAGUUUCUGUGCAGUUGUGACUGCGAGGACGAUUGUCAGGAUAAGGAGAAGUGCCAGUGCUGGCAACUGACGAUCCAGGGGGCCCAGGCCACUCUGGGGGGUCGAGUGCCUGCUAAUAAUGUGGGAUAUCAUUAUAAACGACUGCCAGAGCCUGUGACCACUGGCAUUUACGAAUGCAACUCCAAGUGCAAGUGCUCGGUUAAGACUUGUCUCAACAGGGUUGUCCAACAUCCGUUGACGUUGAAACUGCAGGUCUUCAAAACUCAGAGGAGGGGCUGGGGCAUCAGGUGUCUUAAUGACAUACCUGUGGGGUCCUUCAUCUGUAUUUAUGCUGGGAGGCUCUUGACUGAACAGGGGGCUAACGAGGGGGGGAAGAACUAUGGGGACGAGUAUCUCGCUGAGUUGGAUUAUGUCGAGGUCGUGGAGAACAUCAAGGAGGGCUUCGAGGCCGAUGUUCUGGAUCCAGAUAUGCCAAUUGAGUCGCCCUCGUCCAAGGAGAGAGCACAGGAGGAGGAGAGGAGCACCAGGAGGAGGACAGGCCCUGAUGGGGAUGCUGAUUUCGAUAUUAGACAGUAUAAUACUGAAUAUGCGAAGCUGGAUUCUGAGGCUGAUGACUCAAUGAAGAAGAGGCUGAGGAAGAGGAAGAAGAGCGAUGAGAUUGUCAUUCAGGAUGUUGAGGAUAAGAGUGAGGAUGGGAGCAUUGGGAAGAGCGAGGAUGGAAGUGUCGGGAAGAGCUCCACUGAUAAUAAUCAGGAUGGGAGUGAUGAGGAGGUCAAGGGGAAUGGCAGGAGGGAGUUGAUCAGGUUUGAACCCACUGUUGAGCCGAACAUUGAGAGACCCAAGUUCAAGUCUGUCAGGGACUUCUUCGGGGAGGAUGAAGCUGUCUACAUCAUGGAUGCCAAGACCACUGGCAAUAUCGGGAGGUAUCUCAAUCACUCGUGCGAUCCCAAUGUUUUCGUUCAGAAUGUAUUCGUUGAUACUCAUGAUGUGAGGUUUCCCUGGGUCGCUUUCUUCGCGCUUUCCUUCAUCGGGGCCGGACGAGAAUUGACUUGGAACUACAGCUAUGAUGUGGGGAGCAUCCCUGGAAAGGUCAUCAUCUGCAAGUGUGGGGCUUCCAACUGCAGGGGACGACUAUUGUAAUUCAUAUUGCGAUUUAAUGUAUUUUGUGGAUUAGAGUAAAGUAGGUAGUUAAGGUGUUUAUGAUCAUUUGUGGCUAGUGGAUAUUCAUUGGCAUCGUUUUUUGUAAUUUCGUGGAGGGGUGGAAAUAUAGAGAUGGAAAUAUGUUUUGUUUCAUUACUGACAAUACAAGAGAAUUCGUAGUUCAA